AUGAAGCAACAAAAGGGCAUUGAGGAUUCUACGCAUCCAAAUCACAUUUGCCUUCUCUGCAAGGAAAUAUAUGGUCUAAAACAAGCUCCUCGUCAGUGGUUCACUACGUUCACCAACUAUCUUCUCAGCAUUGGUUUCCAACACAGUAAAGCGGAUCAAUCUCUGCUCACCUUCGUCAAGCCUCUAUACAAUUCUAUCUUCUUGUAUAUGUCGACGACAUUGAUUACCGGUAACAACAAGACAGCUAUUGAAGACCUUCUACAACAACUAAAUCAGCGGUUCACCAUGAAACAACUUGGUCUAGCACAUCAUUUCCUUGGAGUCAAGAUUCAAUCAGCUAAAGAUAAGUACUUUCUUUCACAAACUUCUUAUGCUCAAUCUAUCCUUCAACAAGCGAAUCUUAGCCAAUGUAAUUCCCUAGAUAAUCUCUCGUGUACCAAACUGCCAAAUCAAAUGUCUGCAGAUGUCCAAAUGUUUGAGCCGCACGUCUACCGGAAGAUAACUAAAGCUCUUCAAUACAUGGCUAUCACUCGUUCAGACAUAGCAUACGCCGUCAACAUUUUGCCUCAGCACAUGCAUUAUCCAAACAUCACUCACACUUAUCUACUAAAAAGAGUUCUCCGGUAUAUUCACGGGACACUUGAUUUUGGCCUACCCAUCACAAAAUCAUCUCUUCAACUACGCACCUUCUCGGAUGCAAAUUGGGCCGGCGAUCCAAUUACCAGAAAGUCUACAUUGGGAUAUUGCUCAUUUCUGGGUGACACUCUUGUCUCAUGGACUGUAAAGAAAAAGAGCACGGCAUCACGAUCCUCAACUGAAUCGGAGUACCGCGCAUUGGCUGCUGCUACCGCAAACACAAUUUGGAUUAAAUGGUUGCUAUCAGAUUUUGGGGUCAAUCAUGCUACUACAAUCGACCUCUUCUGUGAUAACAUGUCGGCGAUUGCUCUUGCAAACAAUCCGAUGUUCUACGCACGAACGAAACAUAUUGAAAUUGAUCAACGCUUCAUUCGGGAUCAUAUUCAAAACAAUAACAUUCAACUGCUUCCAAUAAGCACGACAGACCAAAUAGCUGGCAUCCUUACUAAGCUGUUAUCCACUCCCAGAUUUCGCAUCUUACGGAACAAACUGACGAUCACUCAAGAAUCAUCAGUUUGUGGGGGACUAUUAGACAAGAAAUAA